UUUCACCGCCCACACAGCCUUUGCAGACAUUUUCACCGCUUUUCCUCCAUAUGGAAGCCGCAGCUUCCUGCAUUCAAGGCACUCGGUUCAACAAGUAACGACGUCAGUCCCCCGAAAAUCCAAUAAAAUUUGUGAAAAACCCCCCACGUCAUAGCCCCAAAAAGUGCUAUUGAGUGAUAAAGAUAGCGUGGAAUCAGUACUAAACCAUUCCAUUAUCUGAGCAGAGCAGAAGCAUCCAGUUUUCGCCAUGUUAUUCUCCCUGGGCAGCAACAAAACCAACAUGGAUCCGGCGCUCAUAAACUUCAAGGUGCUCUAUGUGCUGACGCAGCUGGUGGGCUUGACCAUGAUCGUUCUGGUGGGCACCUGGAUUGGCCAACACUUUGGCGGCCUGGGCGGGACAUCCAAUCCCAAGCUGGAGUUUAACUGGCAUCCGCUUUUCAUGACGAUCGGCUUCAUCUACCUGUACGGCAACUCCAUACUCAUCUACCGUGGCUUCCGCACCACGCGCAAGAAGACUCUGAAGCUCACCCACGCCGGCAUCCACUUGGCCGCCUUCGUUCUCACCGUGAUUGCCCUGAAGACGGUCUUCGAUUCCCACAAUCUGGCUAGUCCGCCCAUCCCAAAUAUGUAUUCUCUGCACUCGUGGCUGGGCCUCUCCGCGGUGAUCAUAUUCUCGCUUCAGUAUGUGGCUGGUUUCGUGGCCUUCUUGGCUCCUGGUCUGCGGGAGAACUACCGCAUCGCGAUGAUGCCGCUCCACAUAUACUUUGGUCUGUUUGGCUUUGGGCUGGCGAUUGCCAGUGCCCUCAUGGGAAUCACCGAGAAGGCUAUCUUUGCCAUCACCAAUCCACCCUAUUCUACUCUGCCGCCUGCCGGUCUCCUGGCCAAUGUUAUUGGAGUUCUCUACGUGGUAUUCGGCGCCCUAGUCGUCUAUCUGGCCACCGAACCUUCGUAUAAGCGCAAGCCCAUUCCCGAGGACACGGCCCUUCUCACCUCGAGCUCGGCCAACGAGUAAGGAAUCUAUUUGGAUCCCCUGCCAGCUGCAGUACUUACUUGGACGCCAAACUCUGUGCACAAAACCAACCACAAACCGAAAACCAAACGAAACUGGAACCUGAUCCCAUGGAUGGUGCUUUUUUGAGACAUCGGGGAUACCUGUUGUUGUAUUCGUCGAGAUGAUUGUUUCUUUCUGUAGAAAAUAGAUAAAUUAAUGACUAUGUAUAACCUCGAUCUAUCCACAUACGUAUACCUGCAUCGAAAACGGGUGCAACGCGAGUGCUCAAACUUAACGUGCUUAACCUCAAGAACAUAUUUAUGCUGUAAACAGUACCAACUAUGCUUUAUUAUCGUUUUGUGUUAAAAUAUUGUACGUUUAAAUAAACUCGUAACACUAA